CCCAAAACCCUAUGUGUAAAUAGGCUGUCAGAAAAUGAUGAAUCAAGACACACGGCAAACAGGGUAGAUAUUUUUCCACACAGGGAGAGAGAAAAGAGCGAGAGAGAAGAAUGGCAGGAAUUGGUCCGAUCUCACAAGACUGGGAGCCCGUGGUGAUCCGGAAGAAGGCUCCGACCGCCGCCGCCCGGAAAGAUGAGAAAGCCGUCAACGCCGCCCGCCGCGCUGGAGCUGAGAUCGAAACCAUCAAAAAAUCGACUGGGGGCUCAAACAAAGCUGCCUCUAGCAGCACUUCUUUGAACACUAGGAAGCUUGACGAAGAGACGGAGAAUCUUUCUCAUGAUAGGGUGCCAACUGAACUGAAGAAAGCCAUCAUGCAAGCUCGGCAGGAUAAGAAACUCACACAGGCUCAACUUGCUCAACUGAUCAAUGAGAAACCACAAGUGAUACAAGAGUAUGAAUCUGGAAAAGCCAUUCCAAAUCAGCAGAUAAUCGGGAAAUUGGAGAGGGCUCUCGGUGCAAAGCUGCGAGGGAAGAAGUAGAGAAAGAGCAUAGCGACCAAUGGAAAGUCAACUUGUAAUGCCGUCAGUGUCUUUGAGUCUUAGUUGUGGUGGUGUACAUGAACCCUUCUUUUUUUUUCCCCUUUUGAAAUUAAACCAUUGUCAUGGCUCCUCUGUAAGAAACUCUGGCUGAUGAAUGCGGAUUCCCUUUGUCUCGUGUCCCUUA